CCAGUAGCCGCCCCGGGGCGGGGCGGGGCUCCCCUCGGCUCCCGGCUGCCCUUUCCUCUGCGGACUGUACCCGGGCUGCAGUGUCCCUGUCGAGCUCCGGACACGUGCUGAGGGGCCAGCUGUGGACUUUUGGAAGAUGCAGCGCCAGGAUGACUUGAAAGUAGGGCAUCCUUGGCCCUCCUGAAGAGAGGAAAUUAGUGGCAGAUGGACAGUCUGUGUAUGGAGUUAUCAGAUGCCUUUACCUGAGUGAGAAACCUUCCUCCACUGGGACCUCAGAUGUCUGACAGCCCUUUGUGACACCAAGAUAAGUAAUAGUUGUCUGCUGGUUCUCAGCUUGAAGAAGAUUCUACAGUCCUUAUUGAUCCUUUUUCUUGGCGUUACCAUUUUUUGAAGCAAAGUUAACCUAGUUUUCUAGUUUGAGCUUUCUUUUUGGCCAUCUUCUAAAAAAAUUUUUUUAAAUCUAUAAACUAGACAAGAGAUAGUUCUACAAUGUCCAAGUCAUUCCAGCAGUCAUCUCUCGGUAGGGACUCGCAGGGUCAUGGGCGUGACCUGUCUGCAGCAGGAAUAGGCCUUCUUGCUGCUGCUACCCAGUCUUUAAGUAUGCCAGCAUCUCUUGGAAGGAUGAACCAGGGUACUGCACGCCUUGCUAGUUUAAUGAAUCUUGGAAUGAGUUCUUCAUUGAAUCAACAAGGAGCUCAUAGUGCACUGUCUUCUGCUAGUACUUCUUCCCAUAAUUUGCAGUCUAUAUUUAACAUUGGAAGUAGAGGUCCGCUCCCUUUGUCUUCUCAACACCGUGGGGAUGCAGACCAGGCCAGUAACAUUUUGGCCAGCUUUGGUCUGUCUGCUAGAGACUUCGAUGAACUGAGUCGUUAUCCAGAGGACAAGAUUACUCCUGAGAACUUGCCCCAAAUCCUUCUACAGCUUAAAAGGAGGAGAACUGAAGAAGGCCCUACAUUGAGUUAUGGUAGAGAUGGCAGAUCUGCUACACGGGAGCCACCAUACAGAGUACCUAGGGACGAUUGGGAAGAAAAAAGGCACUUUAGAACAGACAGUUUUGAUGAUCGUGGUCCUAGUCUCAACCCAGUGCUUGAUUAUGACCAUGGAAGUCGUUCUCAAGAAUCUGGUUAUUAUGACAGAAUGGAUUAUGAAGAUGACAGAUUAAGAGAUGGAGAAAGGUGUAGGGAUGAUUCUUUUUUUGGUGAGACCUCGCAUAACUAUCAUAAAUUUGACAGUGAGUAUGAGAGAAUGGGACGUGGUCCUGGCCCCUUACAAGAGAGAUCUCUCUUUGAGAAAAAGAGGGGCGCUCCUCCAAGUAGCAAUAUUGAAGACUUCCAUGGACUCUUACUGAAGGGUUAUCCCCAUCUGUGCUCUAUAUGUGAUUUGCCAGUUCAUUCUAAUAAGGAGUGGAGUCAACAUAUCAAUGGAGCAAGUCACAGUCGUCGAUGCCAGCUUCUUCUUGAAAUCUACCCAGAAUGGAAUCCUGACAAUGAUACAGGACACACAAUGGGUGAUCCAUUCAUGUUGCAGCAAUCUACAAACCCAGCACCAGGAAUUCUGGGACCUCCGCCUCCCUCAUUUCAUCUUGGGGGACCAGCAGUUGGACCAAGAGGAAAUCUGGGUGCUGGAAAUGGAAACCUGCAAGGACCAAGACACAUGCAGAAGGGCAGAGUGGAAACUAGCCGAGUUGUUCACAUCAUGGAUUUCCAGCGAGGGAAAAACUUGAGAUAUCAACUCUUACAGCUGGUGGAACCAUUUGGAGUUAUUUCAAAUCAUCUGAUUCUAAAUAAAAUUAAUGAGGCAUUUAUUGAAAUGGCAACCACAGAAGAUGCUCAGGCUGCAGUGGAUUAUUAUACAACCACACCAGCAUUAGUAUUUGGCAAGCCAGUGAGAGUUCAUUUAUCCCAGAAGUAUAAAAGAAUAAAGAAACCUGAAGGGAAGCCAGACCAGAAGUUUGAUCAAAAACAAGAGCUUGGACGUGUGAUACAUCUCAGCAAUUUACCUCAUUCUGGCUAUUCUGACAGUGCUGUCCUCAAGCUUGCUGAGCCUUAUGGGAAGAUUAAGAAUUAUAUACUGAUGAGGAUGAAAAGUCAGGCCUUUAUUGAGAUGGAGACCAGAGAAGAUGCAAUGGCAAUGGUUGACCACUGUUUGAAAAAGGCCCUUUGGUUUCAAGGGAGAUGUGUAAAAGUUGACCUGUCUGAAAAAUACAAAAAAUUGGUACUCAGGAUUCCCAACAGAGGCAUUGACUUACUGAAAAAAGAUAAGUCCCGGAAAAGAUCUUACUCUCCAGAUGGCAAAGAAUCUCCAAGUGAUAAGAAAUCCAAAACUGAUGGUUCCCAGAAGACUGAAAGUACAACCGAAGGUAAAGAACAAGAAGAGAAAUCAGGAGAAGAUGGUGAAAAAGAUACAAAGGAUGACCAGGCAGAACAAGAACCUAACAUGCUUCUUGAAUCUGAAGAUGAGCUACUUGUAGAUGAAGAAGAGGCAGCAGCACUGCUAGAAAGUGGCAGUUCAGUGGGAGAUGAGACAGAUCUUGCUAAUUUAGGGGAUGUGGCAUCUGAUGGGAAAAAGGAACCUUCCGAAAAAGUUGUGAAAAAAGAUGCAAAUGCGAGUGCUUCAGCAACUGCGAAGAAAAAGCUUAAAAAGCGUCGUUUCCCAGGGAGUAUGGAAGGUUUUGUCACUCUAGAUGAGGUUGGUGAUGAGGAAGAUUCGGAACUUCAGAAACUUCGUAAAUCGGGCAUGGCAUUUAAAUCUGGUGACAAAAAUGAUGAUGGUUUGGUUGAAAUUAAGGUGGACAAGAUCGAGGAACUUGACCAAGAAAACGAAGCAGCGUUGGAAAAUGGAAUUAAAAAUGAGGAAAAUACAGAACCAGGUGCUGAAUCUGCUGAGAAUGCUGAUGAUCCCAACAAAGAUACAAGUGAAAACGCAGAUGGCCAAAGUGAUGAAAACAAGGAGGACUAUACAAUCCCAGAUGAGUAUAGAAUUGGACCAUAUCAGCCCAAUGUUCCUGUUGGUAUAGACUAUGUGAUACCUAAAACAGGGUUUUACUGUAAGCUGUGUUCACUCUUUUAUACAAAUGAAGAAGUUGCAAAGAAUACUCAUUGCAGCAGCCUUCCUCAUUAUCAGAAAUUAAAGAAAUUUCUGAAUAAGUUGGCAGAAGAACGCAGGCAGAAGAAGGAAGCUUAAGAUUGCAAGAAGCUUAAUGAUUUCAAAGAAAAUAAUGGUUCUUUGUUUUUAAAUGUUAACCUUUUUUAAAUACAAUACAGAUAGUUAGAAGAAAACUAUUGUACUCUUUUGUUAUAGUGGAAAAAUAAUAGACGUCUGUUCAUGUGUUAAGUGUUAUAGCAAAAAUACAUAUACGGUUAAGUUAAUGAAGAAUUGUUUUUGUUUUAUCAAAAUGGUAACAGACAGAAAUACUUGGUAGAGACUGACUUCAUAUGCUACUUAAGACACUUGCACCACUAAGAAAGAUAGGUAGAAACAUUCAGAGAAAUGAAAUUUAGUAGUUCCCAGAUUCAAAGAAAUGUCAGAACUUUUGAUUCCAUUCAAUAAAGAACAAAACCAAUUGUAUUUUUAUUACUUUCAUCUGAAACAUUCCACAUUUUAAUCUGAGCCUUGCAAACUUUUCAUUUGCAGUUCGAAGCAUUUUUGGUUUUGUUUCAUUUUUUGAGAACUUCAUUAAUGUGAGAUUGGUAAUUAAAAUGCAGGUGCAGUUUUCUUUUAAUGUCAUGCUGUUUAGGUAAUAAGAAAUAUUAAGUAAUUGGCUUUAGAUUUUGUCAUUUUUUCCCUAAGUUCCUGCUAGAUUUCAUAUUCUAGUAGUCAGUGUAUUUUUCAGUGAAAUAUAAAAAUAUUCCCAUUCUCUUUGACCAGUAUUAAUUUCUUGAGAUAUUGCUUGUCACUUGAAUCCUGUAGCUGUCAUACAUCUGGAAUAAGCACAUCUGAUUUUUGAAGUGUGUAGACCAUCUCUUCAUAUUUUCAAGAUGUAAUUUUACAUUUCUGCAUUUUAAAAACAGUUUGGCCAUAAUCUUAGACGCACGCUUCUAAUUCAUAUACUGCAUAUGUGACCUUUGUGAACAGAAAUUUGCAUGUAUAAUCUGUGUUUACUUGUAACUUUCUGGUUAUAUACUGCUUAUAUCUGUGGAUUCAAGUUUCUGAAGUGAGUACCAAUAAAAAAAAAAAACCUAGGCCAUGUUCAUUGGUUAUACAUGUUUGAAAUGUUAACCAAAA